GAACAACAUUCACGCAUGUGCCCGAGAGAUCCUCUCGGAAGGGCGAAGCCCUCCGUUUAAUAAGACCGAUGGAAUUAUUUUCUACUUCUCGUUCAAUACAUUUGUGCCAAUUUCAACAAUUAUUACUCAGUGUCAUGUGAACAGAAAGAUAAAUAAACACGAAACGGUACUCGUGAAACGGCACUGACUUCUAACCAAAAAUUAGCUCGUACUAUACAUUUUAUUCUGACACAUGAUCCAGGAAUUCGAGUUUUAUAACACGUACACUAAUUAAUGUAGACAAGACUGAUUAUAUCAAAUGAAAUCAUCGACUGUAAUGUUCUCUAUUCAAGUGAAAAAGGAAAUGUCGACUGAAUUGAACAGUAUUAUGAGUAUCACAUAGGAGGCACAUUUGAUUUGUUAUACUUUUGUAUAUACAAACGAUUAAUGAACAUAAAAGAUACUCAGUGAAAUAAUGUUAUUUAAAAGUACAUUCAAAGGAAUUCAUGAAUCUCAGAAAACAGAGCAAUUAUGCUGCACUGACAAAGCAAUGAAUGCUAAGAAUCUCUAAUAUAUUUUUAAACGUCAAAGUAAAUCAGUAUUCAACAGAAUUGAAUGUAAUUCAAUUCAGUCUCUGAGUGUACAGGAGGAUGAAUGCCAACACUUCUGCAUCGGCCUAUUUUAUGACUAUUUUAGAAUAUCAUGAACAUUGAGCCAAGUGUUAUGUAAUUGAUCUACCCGAUGCAAAGUCUAAUCAAAUAUCACGUAAACUUAAUUGAAACUUGAUCCAAAUUCUAUGUAAGAAGAAAUUUAUACAUAUGGGCCUGACAAAGUUACUGAAGCGUAUGCUAUAUGCAAACUUUGCAUCCUGCAGCUCAAAAACGAUUGGAAUAUUAGCACCGUUAACGAUCCCACCUCUGCACAUUGCAUUCUUGUAUUACUUCUGGCAAGAAUAUUCAAGAGAUGUUGACAAACAAUAUUGCUCUUGUUCUUGUUGGGACACAGUGUUCAAAGGAUCGUACGAAUCGGGUAUCGCGUCUUAUAAACACAUGUACUUCAAUGCGACGUCGAACAGUUUAAAAAUCUGGAUAACAAUCGUGAUCGGAGUUAUCACUCUGUACGAAGUAAUGAAACACCUGACAUGGUUAGCUUUCCAAAAUCGGCUCAGAUUUUCAAUGAUGACACUAUUUUCAACCGCUAUUUUCUCCCAUUAUUACACCUGGUGGGUUUAUAUGAAUUAUUGGAACGACGAAUUCUAUUCCCAGUGGUACCAUCAAUUGUUUUUCUCUGUCACUGAGCUGAUAUCCACUUUCCUGGUUGUUCAUCUGGCAGAUAAUAAAAACCCAGUGACUCACAGGAAAGCGUUUGGUAUUGCCGCAAUAGCUAUUUUGCAUAUUGUAGCAGGUGGCUGGGAUCAGUUUGUCGCUAAUGUCGUCAGAGGCGAAGGAUAUGCACAUCAGGUCGUACGUGAUCUUGGGUUUAUGAUACCUGACAUUCUCCACGUUUGUAUACCGUUAUGGGCGGUUAAAUGGAGAAAUAUCUAUAAUCUUCCGGGUUCUGCCAAAAGAGAUCCGAGUAUCAGAAGAGAUCUAGCGUACAUGUUAGGGAUGAUAUGCAUCGGAUUAUGCAUUUGUGCCAUAUUGUAAUUUCAUCGUUAUAAACGCCUAAAAAUAGUGUCUUAACUUCGAAGGGGAAAGCCACUGUGACAGAUAAAGAAACAUCACGUUAAUACCUUUACUUUAAACGAUAUUAUACGAUAGUUGCUCCCUUAUUGCUUUCACAGUGGGUUUUUCUCUUGGGAAAAAAAUUGUUUCGUUUAAAUUAUUUUUUAAUACAAAGUGUUACGAAAAGAUAUACGUACAUCUAAAAACAAUUCGAAGAUACAUAUCCGCGUUUUUAAAAUACGUUUGACGGUGCUAGUACUUAUGAAAUGAUGAGUUACAUUACAAGAUGGCUUUAACAUAGACAGAAGAGAAUAGCUCGAGCGUACAAAGCAUUUUUGUUGGUGAGAGAUAGGGAAAACAUGCUUUGAUAUAUUCCCAUUCAUUCUCUUUCUCCUUUGUUCUGACGUCUCUCAUUCAAGCGCUCAACCUAUUCUCUGGAUUCUAAUCGACUAAUUUUGUAGACAGUUCUCGUUGUGACGUUUGAUAGUUCUAUACAUUAUUUCAUUAGCCACAUUAGUUAAAAAUACCUGUAGAGUACAAGUAGUUCGUUACGAAGACAUAUCCUUAGGUCAUUGAUUCUUUUUUAUCUGUGUCAACUAGUGACCUUAUCUUGCCUAUUGACAAAAUAUAUGAUAAGACCAACAAAUAAGUUGUCUAGAGCAACUUACGGAUGAUACUUAUUUCGUAGCAUGAGUGUGUUCAACAUUUAGAUAUAUGUACUUACUACGUAUUUAAGAAGUUUAUUUACAAAAUCGUUUUGUAGUAGUCACUUAAAUCACUUUUACAUUUUCGGAGAGAAACGUAAUUAAUUCUGAAACUCUAAAAGCUAUGCACAUGGAAUAUUUGAACAAAAAUUAUCAUAUACGAGCCAUUUGUUAUGAAAAUCGGAUAUCUUAAUUUUUUUAAUUACUGUGAUAUUAAAGUUUACGGUUUAACAAUAAACGAUUUUGCAUUUUUAGUUAUUAAUCGAUAUAUUCAAUAAUAACUAUAAUUUAGGGGCUGAAAGAUUGUGAAAUUGAAUUUUUUUCUAAAGUGGAGUUGCCUCAUUUUCAUAAUAAACGGCUGAUACAAUGUUUAGAAUGCAUUUCUUAUGACUAAAAUAGAAAUGUAAAGAAGGUGAAUGUAUAGGCGCAGAGCCUAGCCUUCUCGUUAAAAAAAUGUAAUAACGGCUACAACGAAGUGCCUAAAUGCAACGUGAAUUAUUUUGAAUCCUAUCAAUGACUUCAUGACAUGUAUUAUAUAAAUUGCUUCUACGAGUAAUAAUGGACAUUAUGUAAAAAUAUCGAAAGCCUAUAAAGAUAGUGAUAAUAAAACAA